AAGACUUGGUUUGGUAGAGUACUAUUCGAGCACGGGACAACGAUGAACCCGCGCGUGACGACGUCGUCUAAGGCGAAGAAGAAGGCGGAAGAGAGCCAAACGGCGUGGGGAGGGAGGUACCUCGGGGUGAGGCGGAGGCCUUGGGGAAGGUACGCGGCGGAGAUCCGCGACCCUGCCACCAAGGAGCGCCAUUGGCUCGGUACUUUCGACACUGCCGAGGAAGCCGCACUGGCUUACGAUAGAGCCGCACGUGCCAUGCGCGGCUCACGUGCGCGCACUAACUUUGUCUACGCUGACACCACACCCGGCUCCUCCGUCACACCUAUCCUCUCGCCCGACCAACCACCGCUCAUCCAACCCGACCCUCUUCUCACGGUCGACCCGUUUUCCCUCCUCGGGAUUCCCUCCGGUUCUUGUUCCUACGGUUAUGAACAUGAACGUGCCUCUGCCAGCGUGGCUAGUUCCCAGUUUAGCCAACAAGUGUUUUUCACGGAUAAUAAUAAUAUUAAUGAUAAUGAUAUAAAUAAUAAUAAUAAUAAUAAUAAUAAUAAUAAUAAAGAAAGUGGUAACACGAUAGAGCUUCCUCCGUUGCCACCGGAUAUUACUAGCUCCAUGGGUUACGAAACGGAACAGGGUUAUGGAUUUUAUAAUAGUGAUAUUAGUGGGUUUAAUUAUAAUUACGUGGAGGAUAAUUACUCGCUUAGUCCAAUGUUUGGUGCAAUGGCAGAGAAUGUGGAUGCAGGGUCUCAAGUUUAUGACUUCGGAAGCUCCUCCUAUUUCUUUUGAUGCUUCCUAUGAAGCGUUUGUGUCUGUGUUCAGUGGGUUUUUUUGUUUUACGAGAAUAGACAUUUUUUGUUUGUUUGUUUUGUUUGGGUUGUUGAAUGUGUGUCAACUCGAAUGGGAAAAUAUUGUGUUAUUUUAGAAGUGAGAAGUUUGUUUUUGUGCGUGUGUGUGUGUGUAGUGGGAACUGGGAUGUGUAAAGUGUUGUAUUGCGACUUGCGAGCUCUCCGUGGAGACGCGCGCAAGGGGUACGUACGGAUGAAUCAUAUCAUGGUUUAAUUUA